CAAAUCAAGACCUGAAUAUAACUCCCAAGACUUUCGCGCAGUUUGCCACGUAAAAAUGAGAAGGAAUUUGGUGUUUCCACUGCUAGGACUGCUGUCAAUUGUCCGUAGUACGGCUGCAGUAGCUUGUCCAUUUCAGCAAUACUGCUCCAAUGGAACCACACAUGUGCUGUGCUUUAAAAGGAAGUUAGAGUCAUUCCAUAAGCGAUGUGGCGAUAAAAAAUAUCGUUUAAUUUCCAUUGACGGAAGUCUGAGGGAGGACGUACUGUUUCGUUUGAAUUACGCGCGCAACUUGGUGGCCAGUGGGCUAUUUGAUUUCCCAGCGGCAGCCAAUAUGCCGACCCUCACGUGGGAUGACUUUCUCGUCGAGACAGCCGAAAAGCUAGCGUUUACGUGUGAUACCACUGGGCAAUACUGUUCCAACUCCAAGGCAUAUCAUUAUGUGGCCUCUGUGCGAAUCGGGACCCAUUUUGUAAAAGAAGUAACUCAGAAGUCUGCCGUUAAGGAUCUACUCAACAUUUGGAUUCGAGAUAUGUUGGGUUGUAAACUGAGUGGAGAGGGCUUAAUAACGCGAAAGAAUGUGAAGAACACAACCUGCCUAGGUCACUUCACGCCUCUACUCGAGGAUCAUUGCAAUAAAGUUGGAUGUGUGAUAGUCGCCACUUUAAAUGAGAAUGGGAAUACCGCUGCAGCAGAUCUGAUUUGCAAUUUAAAUCGAGCUAACGUCAAUAGUGGCGUACCUUAUACAAUCAGUACAGUGCCAGGAGAUAGAUGCAACCAAGGAAGGGAUUUCGUAUACGAGUUUUUAUGCAAGCCCAGUGAACCAGUCGAAAAUAAUUAUAUACCGCCAAAACGUAGCCUGGACUAUAAUCACAGAGAUAUUCUAAAAGAACCGUUAAUCGUGGACAUAGUUAAAAUAACCUAA